AUCUAGUUGUCGCGACGACUGUCUUAGCGACCAGAAGCGUCUGCGUGGUUGGCAACUUAGCUAUAUAUAGGCUAUGGUUUUAGAAGUAGUUUUUUUUAAAAAAAUUUUUGUAAAUAUAUUUUUUAUUUUACACUUUAUGAUUUUUAACUGAGUUGUGCUAAAAAUGUCUAUGAAGAGACAGGGGCCGCUGCAAACUCUACAGAGAGCAGCAGAUGAACUCAAGAAGCAGGUGGACAGGUUACUUCAAGAAAUUCAGCAACCAGAUGCUACCUUUCCUGCAAAAAAAGUGGAGUAUUUUCACAGGACUACUGAUUUGCAAAAGUCAACUGAGAAAUGUUUGAAAGAUUUACAGAAUCUGCAAAAGGCAGAUGAGCCCGCACCAAUUGGUAAUUAUGAUCAGAGAAAGGAGGACGAAGAAAAACGACUCCUCAAAAUGUUAAAGCAACUUCAGGCAGUAUCAGAGUAUUUAAAUGUGGACAAAGUCUCUCAGAAUGACGGCAACAAUGGAGCACUAAGCUCUUCCCAGGCAGAGGAGGAGGAAGAUGAGGAAAGUGAGGAUAGUGAAGAUGAGGAUGAUAAGGAGGAUAACAAAGGGUCAGUUGAAAAAUCCCAGUCUUCAGAACUCUAUAUGACAGUCUGUGACUUUAAAGCAGAGCAAGCAGAAGAUCUUGAUUUUAAGAAAGGUGAAAUUUUGACCAUUCUUAAUAAACAACCUGAUGGCUGGUGGGUUGCUGAAAACUCUGCCGGAAAGAAGGGUCUUGUUCCGAAAACCUAUUUACAGAUUUAUGCAAAGCCUGGAAAAGUGGAAGAAGAAGAAGAAGAAGAAGAAGAAAAUGAUGUUGAAGAAGAUAACAGUGAUGAUGAGGAGAUAGAAAGCGAAGAAGAGAGUGCAGUGGAAGCAGAGAAUAAAGAGAAAGCAGCUGAAUUUAAUGAAAAAUCAGUUAAAGAAAGAGAAGAAACAUCUAAAUGGACUGCUGUUAGAAAAGCUGUAACUGAAGUUAGUGCUACUGAUGUUCUGACAAGCAUGGGUGCUAUCCCUGCAGGAUUUCGACCAUCUACAUUAGCACAGCUGUUAGAGGGAGGAUUACAAUUUAGACCCAGCUACUAUCUUCAGCCUGAAUUCAGUAAUUCUCAGUUGACAUUUAAAGAUCUGCUGUGGGAUGCUGAAAAAGGAAGUUUAAGAGCCAGGCCCACCCGUGUUUCCCUCAACUUUACUUUGUGGAGUUGUAAGAUGAUUCCUUUGCCUGGGACAAGUAUUCAGGUUCUUAGCAGACAUGUAAGGCUAUGUGUGUUUGAUGGCACCAAGGUUUUGAGUAAUAUUCAUACUGUGAGAGCCACGUACCUGUCAAAAAAUCCUAAAACCUGGACUUUUUCUCCAAGAGUAACAGGAAUACUUCCUAGCAUUCUUGAUGGAGAGUGUUUUGUCAGGUCAAAUUCCCAGUCCCAAGAUAUUGGAAUUCUAUUUGAGCUUGGGGUCUCAUAUAUUCGGAAUGCCACAGGAGAGCAGGGGGAGUUAAGUUGUGGCUGGUCUUUUCUGAAGCUUUUUGAUGCAAAUAGCACUCUAAUACCAAGCAAAACAUAUGAGCUAAAUGUGAACGGAGGUACACCAUAUGAGAAAGGAGUUGAUGUGGAUCCCUCUGUAGCCAGAAGAGCCAAUAACAAUGUUUUACACCAGAUGAUAACAGCAAGAAAGCUUCCUAAACUGCUGAUAAAACUAAAAACACCAAGUGCUCAAACAAGGACACAAUUAAACCUUCUUCCUGAUAACUUAGUGGGCGCUACAUGUUGGAUUCAUUUAUUGGUGUUAUAUAGACAAGUUCUUGCUGAUGCACUACUGAGAGAUCGAUUCAGCAUCCAGAGUGCAGAUUUGAUUUGCAGCCCACUGUUAGCAACAUUUCCUCUGACUGUAGAACAAACUGACUUGAUGGAUGCUCUCAGGAGUGUUUGGUCUGAAAAGGAAUUGAGUCUGAAGAGAUCAGAAAAGAGAGACAAUGAGCUUUUGAAGUCAGAAUUUGCUGUUCUGUAUCUCAACAGCAUUUAUCCCCUUCUUCACUCCCAAUCCCUGCCCACGGCCAAAUGGGCAGAUGAUGAUGUUGAAGCUACUCGGUGGAAGGUUAUCGCAGAGUUUUUGAGACUUAACAAAGAAAAACGCGGUUCUCUGUUUUAUUUGCUCUCUCCAGACUCCACCCAAGAGGCUUUUGAUAUAUCCGAGAUAACUUACGAUUUUCUCAGUAUGGGAAGAGAGGCGUCUGCAAUAGCGUGAAAAAAAUCUGAAAUACGCAGAGCCAUUUGGCAAAGGUCUGAUUAGAAGCUGAAGUUGUUUGUGCUUUUUGAAGAAAUGAUAAUUGCAUCAGCAGUUUUACUCCUCAUAUUUAUAAAUGCUCAGUGUGAAUAAUUGAAUUGCUCAUGCAUGUUGCACAAAUGAAAAUAUGUACAUAUGUGAAUUUAUAUUUGUUGCAUUUCAUUUUCUUUGAUAUCGGCAUUUUGGUAAAUUAAAGAUUUUCUUGUUAUUUUUC